GUGAAGAGUGAAGGCCCCAAACUGGUGCCCUUCUUUAAAGCCACUUGUGUCUAUUUUGUUCUCUGGCUGCCAACUUCCAGCCCCUCCUGGUUCAGUGCCCUCAUCAAAUGUCUGCCCAUCUUCUGCCUGUGGGUUUUUCUUCUGGCUCAUGGAAUUAACUUCUUAGUGUCACACCGGAGCGCCAGCCGCAUCCUAGCGGGACUCAUAUUCUCGGCAGUGGGAGAUGCCUUUCUCAUCUGGCAGGAGCAGGGCUACUUCAUUCACGGUCUGCUGAUGUUUGCCAUCACACACAUCCUCUACUCUUCAGCCUUCGGCAUGAAGCCUUUGGACCUCAAAGCCGGCUUGUUGAUGGGCCUUGUUUCCAGUUCCUGUUAUGCCUUCCUGUACUCCUACCUCUCAGGCCCGUUCACCUACCUGGUAGCUGUCUACAUCGCCUUGAUUGGCUUCAUGGGCUGGCGAGCGGUCGCCGGCAUGCAGCUGUGCAACGACCUCUGGACAUGGACCAAGCUCUCAGCCUGCAUCGGCGCGAUGCUGUUCAUGGUGUCGGAUCUGACCAUUGCGCUUAACAAGUUCUGCUUUCCUGUGCCCUACUCACGCUUCAUCAUCAUGGCUACUUACUACGCAGCCCAAAUGCUUAUUGCACUGUCAGCUGUAGAGAGCAGAGAUGAAGAGGACUUCAGAAAGAGGAGCUAG